CACCAGUCAGCCAACAUUAGUGUACUAGUGACCGUUCGCACAGCACAAUGCACAGCUGUGGGAUAUUGAUAGUGUUAUGCAUCGGAAGUCUGUCUUCGACCAGCGCCGAGAUCCCAAUGGUCGAACAGCUGCUGACAGACUACUGGGAUUGGCGAAUCUCCAGCACUCCCGAAUUCGCUUCGUUUGUCGGCAUCCAUGACUAUGACGAUCAGCUGGAUUCCAUGACCUUACUGGAGUACGAAAGUCGGCUGGUCGAAAGUCACGUGUUUUUGGAUCGCGUGAAUUUUAUUCUCGCUAUCAAUCUGACUUUGACUCACGCCGACGAGGUCAAUCUGAAGAUAUUGAAGGACGAGUUGCAGACUUUUAUCGAGGGGUAUCCUUAUGCGGGGUACCUCCUCCCCCUGAGCUACAGCGAGGGCGUCCACGUCGACUUCGAGAGACUCGUCACAUGGAUGGUUUUCGAGACGGUGGAGGACUACGGGAAGUUACUCUCCCGUUUCCAUCUCCUCCCGCAGCAGCUGGCAGAGAUCGAGGCGCUGAUGAGGGAGGGCGUGGCCAGGGGUAUCGUCCAGCAUGCGAUCACGAUGAAAGGCGUCGGAGAGAGCUUGGGAAGAUUUGUAGUGGGAACAGCUGAGGAAUCGCCGUUAUGGUCGACCUUCACCAGCUUCCCGGACGGAUUCACGGAGGAGCAAAUCCAGAGCUUACAAGAACGCGCGCGCAACGUCAUUACCUCCGAAAUUUCGCCGGCGUUCGAAACACUCAGGAAUUACGUGAACAAUGAAUAUGUUACACGCCCUAAUAUUGCAGUUACGAGUUUGCCAGAUGGAGUUCAGCGUUAUAAUCAACUCUUAAGAUUCCACACCUCGACCAAUCUGGGAGUGUCUGACAUCCACCAACUCGGUCUGGAUGAAGUCACGCGCAUUGAAGGAGAAAUGGCGAAGGUAAUCGAAGAACUCGGCUACGACAUGAGCGUGCCUGAGUUCUCGGACAUGAUUCGAAACGACUCGAAAUUCUACCUGAACGACCCAGAUGAAAUGAUGGCUUAUUUCGAGCACCUGAGUUACGAUGUGAUCCCUCCGGAACUCCCCAAGGUCUUCAUGAACCUGCCCGAGACGGAGCUCAAGUUGGUGGCAAGACCCUCUCCGGAUGGCACUGCUGCUUUCUACAUGACAGGAUCCUACGACGGCUCUCGGCCCGGCAUCUUCUUCGUAAACACUUAUUUCUAUGAUAAACAGCCGACCUACGAGAUCAUGACCCUCUCCCUGCACGAAGGCAACCCGGGCCACCACCUGCAGGGCUCUCACAGCCUCGAGUCCUCCAGCAUGCCCUUCUUCAGGAGAGUCAUGGAAGACAGGAACUACUACCAGGCCCCCUCCAGGUUCCCCAUGAACACCGGCUUCUUGGAGGGAUGGGGGCUUUAUUCCGAGAGUCUUGGUUUCGACAUGGGACUCUUCGGGGAUCCCUACGACAGGUACGGCCACUACUCCUUCGAGAUCUUCAGAGCUUGCCGUCUGGUGGUGGACACGGGCAUGCACGCCCUUGGCUGGACUCGCCAGGAGGCUGUUGACUUCAUGACACAACACUCUGCCCUGUCCCUCAAGAACAUCGAGAACGAGGUCGACCGCUACAUCACGCAGCCGGGUCAGGCAGUCGCUUACAAGGUCGGACAGCUGACUAUUUCCAACCUGCGGGCCAGAGCUGCCGCAGAGCUGGGGGAGGCCUUCGACAUCCGCAAAUUCCACGACCUUGUGCUGGACUCCGCUGGGCCUCUGGUCUUCGUGGAGGAAGAGGUCGACGCGUGGAUAGCUGCUGGAGGAGGAAAAUGAGGGAGAUCUUCAUGAGGAUUUUAUUGGCAGUGAGAGUAAAUCGAGGCGUUUU